AUGACGCAGAAAAGCCAAAAGCCGAGUCCUGUGGUCCGGCUUUCGGGUGGGUUGGGCUCCGCUAUGGAGGAUGGUGUUUUGUCUAAGGGAAGGCGGAGAAGGCAGGACAGUUUGUGCCAAGCUGGUAAGCUGGAGACAUCACCUCUGGUUACCGUGGUCCUGGGUCAAGACGCAGAGCUGCCGUGUUUCUACAGGGGAGAGCCCGAAGAGCAGGUGAAGCAGGUGGCUUGGGCACGAGUGGAAGAAAAAAAGGGGCCGACAGAAUUGGCAUUGCUACAUGACACGUAUGGCCUGCACGUGGGCUCUUCCUACGAGGGACGGGUGGAGCGGCCGCCAUCACCGCGAGAUCCCAACGAUGGUGCCAUCCUCUUGCGGAAUGCUGUGCAAGCUGAUGAGGGUGACUAUGAGUGCCGAGUCAGCACUUUCCCUUCUGGCAGUUUCCAGGCUGGGCUCCAUCUCCGAGUGCUUGUGCCCCCUCUGCCCACCCUGAACUUGGGCCCUGCCCUAGAAGAAGGCCAAGGUCGCACACUGGCAGCCUCCUGCACAGCUGAAGGCAGCCCUAUGCCCAACGUGACCUGGGACACAGUGGUCAAGGGUUCGUCCACUAGACGCUUUUCUAGUCACCCAAGAUCAUCUUCAGUCACCUCAGAAUUCUAUCUAGUGCCAAGCCGGACUAUGAAUGGGCAGCCCAUCACCUGUGUGGUGUCUCACCCUGGUCUGCCAGAGAGCAAAAGAAUCACACACACCCUUCAGGUUGCCUUUCUUGCUGAAGCCUCUGUAUGGGGCCACGAAGACCCUGAGCUGUGGCAUGUGGGUAGGGAAGGGGUGAUGCUUAAGUGUUUGAGUGAGGGGCAGCCUCCACCCUCCUACAACUGGUCUCGGCUGGAUAGGCCUCUGCCCAGCGGGGUGCGAGUGGACGGAGGCACCCUGGGCUUCCCCCCACUGACUCCUGAGCACAGCGGCACCUACGUCUGCCACGUCAGCAAUGAGGUCUCUUCUCGGAACAGCCAGGUCACCGUGGCUGUCACAGACAACGAAGCCCCACCCGUCGAUGUGGAUGUGGUUUCGGCCUCCAUGGUGGCCGUAGGAGUGAUUGCUGCCCUGCUGCUUUGCCUUCUGGUCGUGGUGGUGGUGCUCAUGUCCAGGUACCACCGACGCAAGGCCCAACAGAUGACCCAGAAAUAUGAGGAGGAACUGACCUUGACCCGGGAGAAUUCCAUCCGCAGACUGCACUCCCACCACUCGGAACCACGGAACCAGCCUGAGGAGAAUGUAGGGCUUCGAGCUGAGGGCCACCCUGAUAGUCUCAAGGACAACAGUAGCUGCUCUGUGAUGAGUGAAGAGCCCGAGGGCCGAAGUUACUCCACUCUGACCACAGUGAGGGAGAUCGAGACCCAGACGGAGCUGCUGUCGCCAGGCUCCGGACGGACAGAUGAGGAGGAAGAUCCAGAUGCUGGGAUCAAGCAGGCCAUGAACCACUUUGUUCAGGAGAACGGAACUCUUCGAGCCAAACCCACGGGCAAUGGCAUCUACAUUAAUGGACGGGGACACCUAGUCUGA